AUGAAAUAUGUCAAAUGAGAAAAUUCUUCAUGCUGGAUGCGACCAGAACACGGAUCCAGAACGUCAAGUAAACAAACUUAUUACAUUCCUACAAUAUUAUUUUGACUGUGAUCUAAUAUUUAUUUGCAAAACAAAAGGAAAUAAUUAUCAUGUGUGACAUAAAAGUGGAACCGGGAGACGCAGCGGUAUGCCGCGGCUGCCUCAGCUCGGACAGAAGGCUGUCUUCCGUGGACACCGCCGUGUUUCUACCAUUAUUGACUGAACAAACGCAUGAAUUGGAUCUUAAGCAGCAUGUAGCAUUGUGCUGGGAGUGUGUGGCGCUGCUGCGGAGAACAAUAGGUUUCCGCGCACAGGUGCAGAGAGCAUGCAAAAUUCUGCAAGACUCCUUGCAACUUUUACCAACAAAACCUACCUUGUCUUCUCUUUCUGUCCAUCGAAACUUUGGAUAUGAUGCCGUGUUUGACGGGAGCACACCAAAUGAAUUACCAAUUAUUUAUGAAACACCAAGCUCUGGCAUGAAAAAAUACAAAACUCAAGAUACAAGAAGUCAAAUAGUAGACGUAAAAACUAUUAAAGUGGUUCUAUGUGAUUCUAAAAAUAAUAUUAAAUCUGAACAUCCCAGUGGUGACAGUGAUAGUGACAGUUUUUUUAACACUGAUGAUAGUUACAGUUCCUCUCAAGAAAUUACUGAAACUAAAAAUUAUAUCAGCCAAAUUGUACCAAAUCUUGCUGUAAAUAGAUUAUCAAUAAGGAAACAAACAAAUUUAGACAAGAAACCAAAGAAAGGAGUUAAUAAAACCCCUACAAUAAAAAAGAAGGUUGCACAAAAUAGAACUAAAGUUAAUACAGCGCAAAAACAUUCAUUAAAAAUAGUAAAACACAGCUCAAUUAAAGAUGGUGAAAAUAAUUUUAAAAUGAAAGCACUGGAAUCUUCAAAUAUUGAUUAUAAAACAAAAGCAAAAAUAAAAGAGGAUGAGGACUCAGAUAAAGAACAUACCAAAGGUCAUUUACAUCAUAGUGAAACUCACACAAAGAAAGAAAAACAGCCAGAAAUAAAUACCAAUAUCAAAUUAGAAGGAGAUCAUUUGUAUGUACAGAAACAAAAGCAAACAAAAACAAGAAAGUGCUCUUUGAAAAUCAGAAAAAUAAACACUAAAUAUAAAUAUAUUGAAGAGGUUUUGCCAUAUUUUCAGGAAAUCGAAAUGAAUGAGCAAGAUUUAAAGAUUACUCUCGAAAAAGACGAUGCAAUUGUUGACAAACUGAAAAUCCAUAAAUGUAGUAUAUGUGGGGUGACAUUCCAGCUUCUAGUAAAUUUGAAAGGCCAUGCAUUAAGAAAUCAUAAAAAAACUCAUCCUGAACACUUUAAAAAAACCGAGUUCCUCAACCCGCCGCUAGCGCAGCCGCCGAGGUCCGUGUGGCGCUGCGCGGCGUGCGCGCGGCUGAUGCGGAGGGAGCAUGUACUCGCGCACAUGAACGAAUUCCAUUUUCAUAGAUUUUUGUGUAAUAGCUGUGAAUGGAGCAGGAAGCCUUUUUGGAAAAAAGAAGAUUGCCGAAGACAUUGGAACGAAGUUCACAAACAACUAAUUUGUGACAUUUGUCAAAUACGCAAGAAAUCGAAGCAAAGGAUGGAGUAUCACAUCGAAGAAGCUCACUUGCCGCCCACACCGCGCGUGUGUCCGCACUGCCCGAGCACGCACUCGGGCCGGCGCGCGCUGGCGGCGCACGUGCGGCUCGUGCACCGCCCUCCCGCGCACGUCCCGCACGAGCGCCGCUACUGCCCCGCCUGCGACCGCACCUUCAACAGGAUCGCAGGCUUCCAGGCGCACUUCCGGAACAAGCACUCCGGGCUGCCUAAAAAGAGGUUCCCGUGCCCGCAAUGCGACAAGGUUUUAACAAAGAUGAUCCAUCUCAAGCGCCAUCUGAAGAGCAUUCACGCUGGCAUCACCGAGUUCCGCUGCCAUAUCUGUAGCAAGUAUUUGUCGAAGAAAACGGCGCUUCGACGGCAUUUGGAUAUGCACAAUAAUGUAAAACGACCGAAGAACCAUCCGUGCGAUUGGUGCGGCCGCGCGUUUUUGAGCAACAGUAGCCUACAGUUCCACAUGAACACGCACACAGGCGCGCGGCCGUACAAGUGUACAGAAUGCGAGGCCGCGUUCACGCAGCCCUACACGCUGCGCGUGCACCUCGCCAAGCAGCACCAGAUAUGCGCCAGCGUGGGCACCGACGGAACCAUUACAUUGGCGAACAAGACUAAAAUGGAGUGAACGGCUAAUGUAUUAAUAAAAUAAUAAGAUUAU